AUGAUUGCUGAGUUUACAGCUGCUAUUAUCGCAAAAUUCUGUGAUACCCAAUUGCAACAAAUACAAUUAGAGCAGGCUGGUGCUAUUCAGCCUCUGGUGAAUUUAUUAAAUUCAGGAUGCAUUAAAGCUCAGGAGGCUGCUCUAGAUGCAGUUGCCACUUUAUGUCGUGAAAACAAGGAACUAGGAGAGCAAAUCAUUAGGUUGAAGCCAAUAAACUCAAAUCAGUUGACAACUAACACUAUGCUUGAUUUUGUAAAGAGUAGAUCUCCUAAUAUUCGAUUAAUAGCUGCUACAUGUUUAACCAACCUUUAUCGAACUGGUGUACUUUCAGAAUCUUUCAAUGAAAUUACCUUAGUCGUUCUACCUGCUCUUGUAAAAUUACUACAGGAUCCAACUGAUGAUGUUCAAGAAAGAGCACCACUUGUUUUGGCUGAUUUAAUAAAGGACAGCGAAGAAAUGCAAAAAGCUGCAUAUGAUGCAGAUGCUAUAUCUCGUUUAGCAGAAUUAUUAGCCAGUGUUUCAUCAACUGAUACUGAAGAAGAAGAUAAUUCUCAAUUAGGUGUGCCUGGUACAGGUAGCAUAGCAAAAAGAAAAGAGAAAAUUAAAGAGAAUUCACUAAUCGCUAUUGCAGCAGCCACAUUAUUGAAAGAAGAAUGCCGUACACAGGCCAUUGAAGCAAAAACAUUACCACAUAUUAUAUCAGGCUUGUAUAGUAAGUACUAUAACGUUCGGUUAGCAGCCUGCCAAGCCGUUAAGUCCUUAUCAAGAAGCGUUAGUCAUUUACGAACAAGUUUAGUUGAUGCGGGUGUAGCUGAACCAUUAAUUAAAUUAUUAUAUGAUGAAUCUAUUGUUGUUCAAGCUGCUGCUUGUGGUGCGUUAUGUAAUUUGGUACUUGAAUUUUCACCCAUGAAAAAGAGUGUGAUUGAAGCAGGCGCAAUUAAUCGUUUCGUUGAAUUUUCCAGAUCCAAGGAUAUUAAUCUGCAGCUUAAUGGUGUAUGGGCAUUGAAUAAUUUAUUGUUUAGAGCAGACUUGCAAUCAAAGAAAUCUGUAAUGGAGGCCCUUACAUUUGAUGCUCUUAUUGAACUUCUACAUGAGCCUGUACCCGCAAUUCAGGAACAAGCUUUAGAAAUUGUUCGCAAUUUGGUAUUUGGAAAGCAAGAAGAUACUGAUUGGGUUAUUGAAGGUAUAGGAAAGGAUGAUCUUUUAGACGUAUUAGAAGCUAAAUUACAACCAACAUCGAAUCUUUUCGCUCGUUGUAAUCGUUUACGAGAGUUAGGAGUUGAAGAAAAACUGAAAGCAAUGGAAAACGAUCCAAACAGAGAUGUUCGAGAUAGAGCAAGCAGUGCAUUAGAACAACUUCAUGAAGUGCUUACUGAUACACUUACUUAA